UUUUUCAGAGCAUGUGUUGUUUGGGUAUUCCGUGAUUUCUGCGAUACAGGGGAGGCAGAGGAGGCUAGCGAGACAACCUCGGCGCGGUUGUGGUCUAACAUCAAACACCAAAGAACUGUUCUCUUCAAACGACGCCGUUACAGCAGAAUCCUUCAACUUUGGUCGCACUCUAAUUCCCGAUAUGCAAUUAGCACGAUGGCGAAACUUGUCGUCUCUGAAGACUCGCGUUAUUCCCUCUCUCACGCAUUUCUCCGAGUUUCAUUCCACUCCUUGUACCUGUCAAAAUUGGAAGAACAAAUUCAGCUCCCAUAUAGGAAAGGGUCAACAACAACCAUCAAAGAGUCAAAUCAAAUUCAUUACCCGUCAAAAGCGUGCUGAUGCAAAGAAAGCUCUGAAUAGUCUUCUUUACAAUAGUGGAUCCUCUAAAUUUUCAUUUGAGUAUGAAGGCCUAGGUAGGCAUUCCAAUAAAGGUCAAUCAAAGUCUGGUCAGAGGUCUGGUGGAAAACCACAAAAGAAAACUAAACGAAAAAUCAGAAGAGAAAGUUUCUCUGAGGACUUUGAUGGCCAACCUGAGCAAAUAUUUCAAGCAACAUACGGUAACAAGUGUUAUACGUGGUCUUAUAGCAAUUGGAGCGGUUGUUCUUUUGAACAUUCCACAUCGGGGUUUGAAUGGAGGGAAGAUUCAAAUAGGACAAACAAGUGGAAAAAUGAAAGCGAUGUUGAGCAGGAUGAUGAUGACUCAUGUUGUAUGGGGUCGAGUUCCGAUAGAACUAUUCUUGGUCUGCCUCCAACAGGUCCAUUAAAGAUUGAAGAUGUUAAAAAUGCUUUUAGGUUAUCAGCUUUAAAAUGGCAUCCUGAUAAGCAUCAAGGCACUUCCCAGGCCAUGGCUGAAGAGAAAUUCAAACUAUGUGUCAAUGCAUACAAAACAUUGUGCAAUGCUCUCUCUCCAUCUUAGAUGGCCAUAUAUGGCUUGUUACACCUUCAAGUCAGUAAAGAAAUCCAUCACAAUUGAUCAAUGUUAUACGAUUAAAUCUUAUUCUUUUGUUUGCAAUUUUGAAUGUUACAUAAGUGCACACUCUUACAGAAAGAAGUGAACGAUUGUUCAGUCACGGAAAUUAAUUUUUCGCUCCUAUGGGGUGGUUUUUGAAAUGCUGCGUUAUGUAUUGCGAUGUGAUAAUCAUUAGACAUGACUAUUCUUUUAAGAGUAACUACAACAAACCAAAUCAGUCAUCUCAGAUGGGUUUGUUAACAGAAUUAAAUGCAAUGGAAUCAUUCUCUUUUUUUUUUUUUUCCUUU